AAACAUACCAAAGCCGUACCCAUAUCGUACUUUUUUUUUUAUAAAAAUUUUACCAUAUUGAUGUACCCGUAUCAUACUAGUACUAGUACUCAUACUCGUACCCGUACCUGUACCUGGGCUUCAUAGUAUCAACUCGCAAGUGUUAUUCUUGCUCAAACCUUGCUUCUCUUCUACCAUAGCUAUUUUCCACUUAGGAUCAUUGAUAGCUUCUUUCCAACCCUAGGGAAUAUACACAGAAGACAGAGAUGAAAUAAAAACACGAUAUGUAGAGGACAAUGAAUCAUAUGACACAAAUUUAGAAAUGAAAUGUUGAAUACAAGCCCUAACCCCUUUUUUAAGAGCAAUAGAAAGACUCAAAUCAUCAACGACAGGACUAUCAACCACAAGUAGAGGAAUAGACUGGGCUGCAUUACCUUUAGAAUCGUUGGAACAGGAUUUGGAACCCGGCAUGAGGGACGAUGAUUGGUCUGCUGGCACAAGGGAAGUCUACUCUUUCGGAUGUUGAGAAUAAGUCUUAAGAUCAACCUUGUCCAAAUGACCACCGAUGUCAGGCUCCACAUCAAGAGAACUAUUAGGCUCCCGCUUGCCACAAAUAACAAUCUGCUGGCUCAGAAGGAAAAAUGAUAACUCAUGUUGAUGUGCCAUUUCCUCAUUUGCAAUCUCAUCCAUAACACUCUUCCCUUGCGGAGAUAGCGGAGAAGUAAAGAAGGACUCAGAUUCACUAAAAGUGACAUCAUACUAACAUACACUUUACGAGUGUGAGGAUCAUAAUAUUUGUAUCACUUUUGAGUAGCAGAAUAGCCAAUAAAGACAAAAAGCACAACCUUAGGAUCAAGUUUCCCACGAGUACGAGGUUGUAGAUGAACAAAAUAGACACACCCAAAAACCUAAGGAGGAAGAGAAGAGGUGAGAUAUGCCACAGGAAGAAGUUGAAGAGGAAUAUGAAAUUAGAGGACACUGGAAGGCACACGGUUGAUAAGGUAAGUAGUGGUAAGAACAACAUCACUCUAAAAAGACUUAGGGACAUUCAUGGUAAACAAGAAAGAGUGAGCAACUUCAAGGGGAUGGCCAUCUUGUGUUCAACAACUUCAUUUUGAUGAGGAGUACCAACACAACUAGUCUGAUAUAGGAUGCCAUGCUCCUCUAGGUAUGCCAAAGCUCCAUCAACAUACUUAGUAUCAUUAUCACUUUGAAAAUUUUUGAUUUGAGCAUUAAAAAGAUUGGUCACCAUUUUAUGAAAAGUUUGGAAACAAGAAAAUACGUCACUCUUAGUUCGAAGUAAGUAAAUCCGAGUCUCACAGGAAUAACAAUUAAUAAAUGUACCAAACCAUCGAUACCCAGAAGUAGAAACCACAGGGAAAGGGCCUUACACAUCGGUAUGAAUAAGCAUAAAAGGAAAAUAUUUCUUUUAUUAAUUAAAGGAUAACAAGUACGUUUAUGCUUUGCUAGUUCACAAACAUCACAACCAAAAUUAUUCUUAUGACAAUCACGAACUAAAUAAGGAAAAAGUUUCUCUAAAAUGCUAAAUGAAGGAUGAUCCAAACGACGAUGCCACUGAUGGAAGAGAUGGAGAGAGGAGCCGGUAGUGCACUUAAGAGGCUGAGAUGGGACAACAGAAGGAACGACAUCUAGAAAAUACAAUCCAUCAUGUUUUUUACCACUGCCAAUCAUUUACUCCAUAGCCAGUUCCUAAAAGACACAAUGAAUAGAGAAAAAGGUCACCGACCAAUUUAAAGAAGUAGCAAGGCUACUAACAGAAAACAAGUUAGUGGAAAAUAAGGAAUAUGAAACACAGAUGAAAGAGAAAGUAAUGAUGAACAAUGAAUCGAACCUUUGCCAAAGAUAGAGGAUAAAGUGCCAUCAGUUACUCUAACCUUAUCUCGGCCAAAUCAAGGAGAAUAAGAAUAGAAAAGACUAGAGGCACUUGUCAUACGGUCGGUGGCACUAGAAUCAAUAAUCCAAGAAGGCAAUAAGGAUGUACUAAGAGCACUAUUAGGAGUACCUGUGUGGACAAAAUUGGAAGAAGUAGAAGUAGAAGAAACUAUGGUAAAUGGAGAAUCAAGUUAAGCCAUCAAACGCUUGAGUGUGUGUAACUGUAACUCAUCCUAGGAAAGAGUACGAGGCUUACAAGAAGUAUUAGCAGCAAUCGCAGACACAUGAGCUUGGGGGCAAGCUAUACUACGACGGCCAUGGCCCCAAGUAGGAUGGCCAUUCAGUUUUCAACAAUGCUCUCGAUCAUGUCUGUCUUUCCCAUAGUAGUCACACUUAAAUUGAUCUCAAUCAACCAGUGUACCAUGUCUACCAGAUUGAACAGGAAUAGGCCUAGUAGCUCGAGUGGGAGGAGCAACAACCAAAGUGGAACGAUCCUGAAUAGAGGAAUGAACCAUAACACGACGUCAACUCUCCUCUUGCUAGACAAGAGCAUAAGCCUCGCGUAGGGUGGGAAAAGGUGAACGACCUAACACCUGGAUGCGAAUUUGAUCAUACUCCAAAUUAAGGCUGGCAAGAAAGUCAUACACACCGUUCCUUUUCUACGGUUUGUUGAAACAAAGUGGCAUCUCUGGAACAAACAGCAUGGAAACUCUGGUAAUAAUCUAGUUCCUGCCACAAACUACUCAACUUAGCAUAGUAGAUCGCGAGUGACCUAUCCUUUUGAUCCAAGCCCCAAAACUGCUUCUUCAACUCAUUCGCCUAUGCAUCAUUACCCUGUUAGGAGUACAUCUGGGUUGUAGCUGUCCAAAUUUUAUGAGCAGUAUCCAAUAAGAGGAAGCUCCGACUAAUGGCUGGCUGCAUAUUAGCCAAGUCAUAACUAGAGCAAUCUCAGAAAUCCUUUGAGUACGCAAGGAGUCAUCAUCAAACUGUGUAGGAAGAGAGCCAGUAUAGGAAGAGAGCCAGUAAUGUAGUCAGUCAAAUGGCGAGCAGCAAUAGCGAGGCUACAAGAGUGUGAUCAAAUCAGAUAGUUGGAAUCAUCCAGUUUGACAGGAUUGAUUUGAAGAGAGGGACUGUCGUUAAGAGUAAUAACACGAUACAGCCCACCACCUUUACUAACUGUAGACGUACCACCCUCUUCACUAACCUUAGGAUCCUUAAGUCUCACCUUGAACCAUUGAAAAUUAAAGCCACACAACAGAAAACCACACACCAGCCCUGGAAACAGCAAAAACAAAGAGAGGCAAAUCCACAAACCGAACUUAGGAACAAUAGGUUACCUCUAGAGACAAAAACAGAGCCGAAACAUGGGCUGGAGAAGCCGAAACUGACAGAAACUGGGAAAAAACUUGCCAAAACUGAGAAACUGGCAGAAACAAAGAGGAGUCUUGCCAAAUCAUCAAAACCAGGACUCCUAGCCCUCCAACAGAUCCAGUCGGCUCCCAAGGUAGAGGGAGGAAGCGAAAAAUCAGGCCAAAAACAGCCCCAGCAAGGAUUGCCGAAAAUCAACCAGUUUUUCCCAAAAAAAAAAAACAGCAAAAAAUGGAAAAACACUCAAAUAAUCUUCAAAAAAUAAAAAUAAAAUUUUAGGCUGAAAACCCAUCAAAUUUUGACCGUGGAGGAAUUUUUUUUAUUUCUUAUUUUUUUGGUGCAGUGUACAGGAAAAGACGAAGAAAAAGAAUAAAAGAAGAAAAAAAUAAAAGAAAUCUUCAAGGAGGAAGAUGAAGAUUUGAUCCCAUGUUAGAUUUGCAUAAGAGAAAGAAAGAUUAAAAGGAAGAAGAAAAAGAGAGUACGGCUGAGUUUAUAUACUUAACAGAACUUCAGGUCUUAGUUUGAUUGGACGAGAUGGCAUUCAGAAUAACUGGAAGAGAUAAACUAGAAAUUGAGCCUGACCCUGCAACAUGGACUGCCUUGGAGGAGAAACUUUUUAUUCAGCUAAUGGUUAGAGAGGUUCACGAAGGAAAUAGAUCUGCAACAACCUUUUCAAGGAAAGGUUGGAAACAUAUUGAACAAGAAUUCUGUGAGAAAACUAACAAGAGGUACAACAAUUCUCAGUUCAGAAAUAAAUUUAACCAGCUGAGGACCCGUUAUCUAGAUUUUAGUAGGCUGUUGAAAGAACCUGGGUUUAGUUGGGACCCUGUGCUGAAUACCGUAGCUGCAACUGAUGCUCUUUGGGAAUCAUACAUAAAGGGAAACAAAAAUAUAAAAAGAUUCCGGAAAAAAGGGUGCCCAAUGUUUACUGAGUUAGGGAUCAUAUUUGGUGACCUAACAGCAAGUUACAAAGAUGUGUUUCCGUUAACUCAGUAUCCAAUGGUCGGUGAAUAUAAAUUGGAUGUGGAAGAUGAAUCAACAAACGCUACUCCAUCUGCUUUCCCAAGUGACGGUAGCAAUGGUAGAGAUUAUCCCUCACAAAGUACUAGACGACGGCGUCAAAAAUCUCCCUCUCCGACAAGCCGUCUUAGAGUAAAGAGGGAAGCAAGAACAAAAGUUGCGGGUGAGGCAUUGAAGGAAUGGACUGAAGCUUCAGUCCCCUCAGGGACAUCUGAUGGAAAAUGGGUUGAAAUUAUGAAGGCGACGAUCCCAACCUUCCAUGGACUUGAGGCAUCUCCUCAAGCUUGUCCAUUCUCGAUUACCAAUUGUGUCAAGUGUCUAGAAGCAAUUGAAGGGGUGGAUGGAAGUACCUAUUUAAAGGCAAUCAAGAUGUUCAAGGAUGUAGAUUGGAGGGAGAUGUUUAUGGCAAUGUCUGCUGAAAGGAGAUUGGUUUGGUUGGCUAACUUGGAUUAAUUUUCCUUUUGCUAUCAUGUAAGACCUUUAUCCUCUCUUUUUUCAGCCCCAUGUUGUCUUGAGCUUGGUUGCUUUUCUUUGUAGCCUAUUACUUGUAAUAUUGAACCUGUUAUGAUGUUUGGUUGUUAAUGUAAAUAUAUUCAGUACUGGCGCGCAUACUUGCAGUGUUUGUUUUGCACAUAA